AUGGACAAGAGCAAUGGCAUCGUUCAAUUCAAGAUCAAACCAGAUCUCAUUCCUGCGACAAAUCUUUUAAGAGGUGGUAACUUUCCUACUUGGACAGGAGGCGUUGGCGAUAUCUGGAAAUGUCUCAUGUCUACGCAAUCUGGGGUCCAACGUCCGGUCGCGGUCAAAUCCAUCAGGGUCUCGUCGGUAACAGAUGCGACAUUAUUAAAAGUAAUAGGCAAGAGGAUUCGUCGCGAAGCCUACGUUUGGAUUCAAUUAUUGCAUGACAACAUUCUCCCUCUGGAGGGUAUUACCUUUGCCGAAGAAUUUGGGUUACUUCCCGCGUUGGUCACUCCAUGGAUGGAAAAUGGAUCACUCGAUGACUAUCUGAAACGCGAAUUUGUUGGUCUCUCGUGGGAGAGGAAGUUGAGUAUGGUAAGGGAAGUAGCAGUUGGUCUCGAGUAUUUGCAUAACAAGGAUAUUGUCCAUGGUGACCUUACUGCUACCAACGUCCUAGUUGGUAGUGAUGGGAGGCUCUGUCUCGGAGAUUUCGGUCUCUCGAUGAUCCUCGCAGAAUCAGGCAACGCUACAUUUAACUCGUGUCACCCGGGCAAUGUUCGGUGGAUGCCGCCGGAGGCACUUGAAAAUGGGGAUGAAGAUGACGAUGACGAUAAGGCUAAACCAACCAAGGCCUGGGAUGUUUACUCGUAUGGUUGUAUUAUGAUGCAGGUGUUUUCUGGCAAUCAACCUUAUGCCUGGAUCCGGAGUGUUAUACACAUUAUGGGAGCACUGCAAAGGGGGCGCAAACCGUUCUCCCAAUUGGCUGGUAUCAGCGAAGAAAUACAGCAGAUUGCGCAAUUAUGCUGGUCAAGGAGCAGAGAAGACCGUCCGUUGAUUGGCCAAAUUAUGGAGUUCUUGUGGUCACACAUAGACAUUGUGAAGACUAUAAAGACGAUGCUGUCGCAACUUCCAGUCGCAGUGACACAAAUAUCGCAAGCAGUUCUCACGAAGUGCGACUAUUCCAAUGGUUUGGACGUACUUGGUGCGGCUUUGAAAUGCAAGUGGGUGCAUGAGUCGAGGGAGAUUGAGAUCUAUAGUAUGCAACGCAUCAAUCGACAGGUCGCAGUCAAGACUUUGAGGGAUAAUGUUAACGGUCACAACGACAUGAACAAAAUAUCUAACAGGAUUUGUCGCGAGGUGUGUGUCAGGAAAAGGUUGAGGCACAAGGCCAUCCUUGUCCUCUAUGGAAUAACUGCCGGUUUUGGAAUUAUCCCGGGCCCAUCCUUCGUAUACCCAUGGAUGGCAGGCGGCUCGUUACGCGACUACCUGAAACAAGAGCACUCCGUUUUACCUGCGAGUCAAAAGCUGGAUAUUCUACUAGAGGUGGCGCGUGGUAUCGAAUAUUUACACAAGCAGGAUGUUGCACAUGGCAAUUUAACGGGUGAUAACAUUUUCCUUGACGGUUCAGGCCGUGUGCGCAUCGCAGACUUCAGUCACUCUGUAAUACUGGCUGAAGCAGAUAGUGACAUGUUCAACGAGCAGCUCCCGGGAGAUGCAAGGUACACUGCACCCGAAUUUAUGUUCACUGGUAGCCGGACAGGAAUACCAAAGCCGACGAAAGAAGGAGAUGUGUACUCAUAUGGCUGCGUCGUAAUUCUGGUAUUGUCGGGAAAGGUGCCGUACUGGUGGAUUUCGAAAGAGAGUCAGGUGCUUUCAGAAAGAAAGAAAAAGGGUACAUCGCCUUUUCAUCCUACUGCUGAGAUUGAUGAAGCGCACCUGAACUUGCUGCAACAAUGCCUGUCGGCGGUUAAAUCCCGGCGUCCUUCAAUUGAGAAGGUCCUCUACUUAGUUUUAGUCCAAAGUUUCGGGCUCAUCAUCUUCAGUGCUGCUGAUCUGACAACCUCGGUCAAACGACUCAAUAAUGUUCACCAGAACGCCGGAGGAUUUGCAAAUGUUCAUAGGUGUAGGCUCUCUCUGAGAGGCAUCGAUGCCGUCCAACUAGCGGUUUUCCGCUACCAGUCUUCUUCCAGGUCAACUUGUGUUGACGUUGCAGUCAAGGAAAUAUUUUUGAGAGGCGAUACAGACACGUUGACGAUUAUCAAUCGUUUGUCCAGAGAGAUUAAAAUAUGGUUGAAACUUAAGCACGAGAAUAUCGUUCCUCUCUGGGGAGUUGCAGAUGGCUUUGGCUUCCUCCCAGCACUUCUCUCACCAUGGUUAGAAAAUGGUGCGCUGAGCGGUUACCUUGAACGUGAGCACGAAAUGCUUUCUCACAACAAAAAGUUUGCACUGCUCAAGGACAUAGCUCAAGGGCUUCAGUAUCUGCAUUCGCGGUCAAUCACCCAUGGUGACUUGAGCGGCAACAACGUUCUCGUUGAUAAAGAUGGAAAAGCAAGCCUCACCGAUUUUGGUCUUUCUGCUCUCGUUCCUGAGAGAAUAAGUCAAGUAGCAUUAAAGCCAACCUAUUGCGGAGGCACCGCACACUACAUGCCGCCAGAAUACUUGGCGGUCGAUGAUGAAGGCAAUGCGUCAGCGCCGGUAUUCUCUCCGAAAAGUGAUGUAUACUCUUUCGGAGGGAUCAUGCUACAGGCACGUAACAUGGAUCAUCAAUAUUGA